AUGCGGCCGCAACGGGAAUAUCAUAUUGUCGUGCUCGGCGCUGCUCAGUUCGUCCAAAAUGUGUGGAUUGAGAGCUAUGACCCGACGAUCGAAGAUUCAUAUCGCAAACAGAUCGAGGUAGACGGGCGACAAUGCAUUUUGGAAAUUCUUGACACUGCAGGAACAGAACAAUUCACUGCCAUGAGAGAGCUUUACAUGAAACAGGGCCAAGGGUUUCUCCUGGUAUUUUCCAUUACGAGCAUGUCCUCGUUGAACGAGCUGUCCGAACUACGAGAACAGAUCAUCCGCAUCAAAGAUGACGAGAAAGUCCCCAUCGUCAUCGUAGGUAAUAAAUCCGACCUGGAGGAGGACCGCGCGGUGCCCCGUGCUCGCGCCUUCGCCCUCUCCCAGAGCUGGGGCAACGCCCCCUACUAUGAGACAUCGGCUCGCCGACGAGCCAACGUCAACGAGGUCUUCAUUGACCUCUGCCGACAGAUCAUCCGGAAGGACCUGCAAGGCAACUCCAAGGGUCGCGACGAACCACCCAAGCGGGAAAAUACGAACCGGCCCGAUCGCAAGCGAGAACGACGACAGAAGACGAAACGUAAAGGACCUUGUGUGAUUCUAUAA